AUGAUAUGGCUUUCAAGUAACUUUGUAGGCGUUGGGCUGGCUAGAUCACCAUCUUCAAAGUUUUAUGUUGUUGUUUACUUUGAUCCCAUACCGGGAAAUAAGGACCCAUUACUGAAGGACAACGUUCUUCCCUAUACAGGUAUUAUGCUCUUAUCAAAAGUUAGAAAUUUACAGCUUCAAAACUAUAUAUUAUAUAAAAGUCACACAAGCUUCCAUGGUUCUUCUACUUACUUGGGAAGGAAUCUAUGCUUAUAAAGGAGCUAAAAUCUGACAAAAUGCUGUCAAAUUCAUAAAACCUAUUUCUUUUCUAAAAAAAUACAAGGCCGAGUCCAAAUCCAACCUUUCGGUCUCCUAUUAGAAUACUGAGACAAAUCGUAGUACAUAAAAGUGUUUCAUUGCUUCUAAUAAACUAUCUUCAAAUCCAUUAGACCACAGUCGGUGUCUACUACUUACAUUCGAUAACUUGGCUUUGAUACGUACCAUCUUCAGUACCUGAGAAUUCACCUUUCAACGGUUUUUUUUUUUUUCAACUUUUUUCCAUGGACAAUUUAGAGAAAAUCCUUUGAUUCCACUGGAAAGAGCACCUUUAAAUAAGUAAAAUUGCCAAUUUUGAAAGUGAUUUGUUGAAAACUAAAGAAGAUAUUGCUGCCCAAAAUCGCGAGAUUUUACAGACGUUUUUAUUUGGAGGGGGUAGGAGGGGGGGGGAGGGGUUGGGGUCGGCAAACUUGCCUCCCACCAUUUAAACGUCUGUAAAUUUUGGCAACUUUGCGAAGCUAUAUUUUCUUUAGUUUUUUACAAAUCACUUUUAAACUUGGGAAUUUUACCAAUUUUCAAGACGCUGUUUUCAGUGAAGUCGAUGGAUUUUCCCUAACUGGUCCAUGACAAAAGUUGAAAAAAACCGUGGAAGAGUCUAUUACCGCACUGGCUUAUGGGCUUAAAUAUCUUAUCGAACACACCGUAAUUUUUAGGGAGUUAUUAUAACUCCAAAAAUGGAGUAAAAAUUUUGGGUACAGGAUAACCCCUUUUUUGGGGUUAUUUUAACUCCUAAUUUAACUCCGAAUUUGGGGUCAUUUUUACUCCUGAAAAAGAGUUCUUUUUGCUCCCAGUCUGGAGUUAAAAUUACUCCGAAAUGGGGUUAUUUGUACUCCUUACAUGGGUUGUUUUUCCUCUUUUUGGAGUUAAUUUAAUUCUGAAAGUGGAGUAAAAAUUUUAGGUACAGGAUAACUCCUUUUUGGGGGUUAUUUUAACUCCUCAAUAUCUGGGGUCACUUUUACUCCUGAAAAAGAGUUCUUUAAACUCCUUUUUGGAGUUAAAGUAACUCCACGAAAAAUAACUCCACUGUAAGGAGUUAAAUUAGCCCCACUAGAGGAGUUAUUAUAACUCCCUGAAAAUUACAGUGCAUCUUUGUAUGAAAUUACCUCUUCGGUAACUAGUACUCAGCAUAGAAUAUUGAAGAAAUGAUGUUCGCAUAACGUCGGGUUAAAAUGUUUUUUCUCGGGGUGAAUUCUUUGUGUCCUACUUCAUCAAUGGUAUUUGUUUGUUUGUCGGUUUAUUUAUUUUAUUCUUGCACGAUAACCUAUUAAUUAGUGGCGAUCUUUUUCAUUUUCAGACGUAUUUAUUGUGAUGCAAAAUGGUAAGUGACCUUUGUUACCACUACUAAAAUUAUUUUCAUCAGCAUUAUUCUCAGUAGGAGUACUAACAAUUUGUAAUUAUUUAUAUUUCAAAUUAUCAGUGUACUGUAACCCGGGCUAUAAAAAGCACGACGGCACGUGUUACAGGUUUCACACGGACAAGCAAACUUGGGAUGGGGCCCUGUUUCAGAGUGCCAAGGAUAACGCUACCUUGGUGUCCUUUCACGCGUCACACGAGGAGGCGUUUGUACAGACGCUGGUGCCCCCCGGAAACACAGGAUUAAUUUGGACCGGUUUAAAUGACAGAAUAACUGAAGGGACGUAUACCUGGUCUGACGGUACAAGCGUGGAAUACACCACUUGGAAAGCGAAUGAACCAACCGGAAAAAAAGAGGACUGUGUAGGCGUGGAGGUGAUCAGCUAUGGGACUAUGUCGGACGUUCCAUGUACCGAGCCUCAUUACUAUGUAUCUAGGCAGCCCCUUGAAGGUAACGAUUUUGCACAUCUCGAUAAAAUUACUAUCUGUGCACUUUGACGGUAUAAUUAGUUUAUUGAAAGUGUGACCACAGGAGGACAGACAAACAAAAUUUAAGAAACGAUAUGCAAUGUCAUCUGGAAAAGAAGUACACAUGUUCUAACCGCUAGUGAAAGUCCAGUCUUUUUAUUGCUUGAGCAAAAAUUAUUUUAGCCUCAAAAGAGACAAUAAGGCAAAUUUAGGAUUUCAUAGAGUCAGGUCAAUUUCAAAUUAAUCGGUCGUGGUGUUUUACAUUUCUAACAGCACGCUCUGGCUAAGGAAUAGUACCAUUCAGUUCAAUGAUAAAUCACAGUACAGUAAGACUGGUUAAUUUGAAGGAAAACAGAUACUAGGAAUAAAGGAGAACCAGUGAGCUUGUGACAUAUUAUAUUGAUCAUAAAAUAUUUUAACAUUUUAGGCUUGAUCACAUAUCGCACAAAACUUCAGUUUGUGUCGUUGCUAUGGACAGACGAGUUUGGCCAGUCAACAUCGCUCCUUUACAUGCAGCUCAAAGAAAAGAUAGAAUCACAGGUAUAUACUAUCACAAAUCUGAGACAAGAGAAGACAAUAUCUCAUUAUCCUCUCUUAGAUACUCAUGGUUUAGUGGUAAGCAAUUAAAUGCUGAUAUAGAUCCUUUUUGCAGGCGCUUUCACUGGAUCAAGCUACGUAGGACUUUUAAUGGACAGGCAACUUAUCCACUGCACCUGAUCUACUUUACAAUUGUAUACGCAUGUGCGAACGCAAUUAAUAUAGUGGCUGGCAACGUUCAUAACCUAGUUAUCCCGCAAUCAGAACUCAAGAUUUUACUAUUUUCCACUUAUUGCAAGCCAUAUUAAAACCAGCGUUUUGAUCCUUUUUUUCUUUUUAGAUCCUGGUAAUUUUCAAAAAGGACCAAACAUUUGUGUCUGGAUAUGUUGAAGAGUUCAGGUAGUCGACCGGCCCUCCAUUUCAACUUUAUUUAUCUCGUAUACAAGGAAAAGGUAGUCAAUAUAACUGACCUUGUAAUUAUUCCAUUUGUUUUUUGCAGCAAACGCACAAGAACUCGACCGCAACCUACCACCUCACCGACCAAACCCGGAGUCCCUACCCCUGGUUAUAAAUCCACGUCCUCGGGACCUACAUCGCUUACUCAGGCUACUGCUGCUACCACACCGACCUCAAGGAGGAUCACCACUUCAUCCACUUCGUAUGUGGCUCUUUAUUUAAGCAUAUUACAGAGAUUUGGGUGUUAAUUGUUUUAUCAAUUGGACCUAAUAUAACUGAAGUUGGCUGUUUUUGCACUCUUAGUAGGAAUCCCACAGUGACAGUGUCACUCAUUUUGAAGUUUGGUCCUGGUGUUGAUCCGGACCCGACAAAACCGAUUCAGAACCUUUUGAGAAAGAAUCUUGGGCGACUUCCAGCACCAGUUAACCAGAAGACUCUUAUCCAGUCUGUUAGAAUUGUACACCCAGGUAUGACGAAUUUUUUGUGUCCCAGGUGUUUCCCCUAGAACACUAUUUUUCUUUAAGUUUGCCAUCAGAACGGAAAAGUAAACGUGUAAGGGGCAAAAUAACUUAAUUUUUUGACGAUGAUAUUGAUAAUGAUGUUGACGAUAAUGAUGAUGAUGAUAGUGAGUAUGUUAACUACUAGAAGCUCUGAAAAGACACAUUAAAGCAAAGCUUGUAAUUUUUAUAUAUAAAGUGUUUCGCACAUACCGUACCGUGAUGAUUUCUCUGAACGCCUAAGCUUUCAAAUUUUAGAGAGAAUUACACACAAUUAAUUUCUUAGAAUCAUCACACUCUCCUAACAAAUAAGGUAUUGCAGAUCAAAAAAAUAGCCCGUCUUAUUGUAUUUAGUCAUCUAUGCUUACAGGGCAGUGGGAGUUUCACCAUAACAGAACCCGCGUGAUCGUACCCGUCUGACAUCUGAUUGAGGCUUUCAUAAUUGCUACUUUUGUAGCGAUUUAAAGGUUAUGUAUUGUAAAUAUUAUUUAAGAUGGAAAAUAGAAAUUUUGCUGAAACUGUAAAUUGGCCUUUGUUCAUAGCUAUUGAACUUCAACCUAGUACGCCUUAUCUGCAUUGUUGUAUUUUGUUCCAGUAAACAAGCCUCAGAGUUUGCAUUUCAUUCUGGUGACUAGAAUGGGGGAAACUAUAUAAAUAAAAAGUCAAAGGCUAGUCAAAUUAGAAACUACGAAUAAACUAAAAUUAUUUGAAACAGACAAUCACUGAAAAGACUCAGUAAAAAAUUUCUUAUUUCUUUGCAGGUGUUUCACCGGCUGUUUUAGGGACCUGCACCUCCAGCUGUCUUACAACUUGUGUGAUCAGUUGCAAUCCGUUUUGCUGUAAUUCCAGAAUAGCAGCUAGUAACAACGCCCAGUAUCCAGGCAUGCGGCACACGGUAAUAGCACAAGCAUCUCAGAAAGGAUACAUCACGCCUAAUUCAGGUCCUCAAGUAAACUCGAUUCCGAUCCAAAUAGUAGCACCACAGUCCAGGCCGAUGUCAUAUCCGGUGACCCUAUCUGUGCGAUGCAUUCCUCACUUCCUAAGACCAUGUCCACCUGGAACACAAGUUUCACAGACGGUUCAGGGUUCCUAUAACAUUCCUCGUACUGGUAUUCCUGUAAGGAAAUCGCAACCCCAAGCACGCCCAUUUGUCGCCCUGCCUCAACUGACUUUACCUAGAACUCCUCUCCUGACACCAGGCUAUCAAAAUCAGCGAGCAUUUCUCCCAAACAUGUUUCCUUCAUCGAUGCAGUCUCCGUGUAUUCCCAGUGCAUUCAACCCAUGCCCACCACAGACUAAGCCUCCUUUAAAAUCCACAUCAGUUAUAGACUCUCCAAUUCAUGUCAUGCAUCUUCCAACCGCACCACGUCUCCCUAGUAUGAUACAGCCACCAAAACCACCUACCAUGAAACCUACAUCAGUGGUGGAUACGCCACUUCAUGUGAUCCACCUUCCACCUGUACCACCUCCUCCUAGCGUCAUGCAGCCACCCUGUAUCCCAAGUGCUUACACCUCUUGCCCCCCAGUGAUUCCACCCACCAUGAAACCUACAUCGGUGGUUGACACACCUCUUCACGUGAUACACUUGCCACCUCCACCGCCAGCUUUCCCGCCAGUCUCCCCACCAUCUCCGCCACUUUUUCUUCAAAAACCUUCAUUUGUACCUGUAAUGUGUAUUCCUCGUCCUUAUUAUCCUUGCCCACCCAAAGUAAAGGCAAGAAAGUUAUCCAAAGCCUUACAUAGGAAGGGAAAGUCUCGAGCAUAUAUGCCCAAACCGAUUAUGGCAGCGUACCCCUACCCUUAUGGCGUACUAUCCUAUCCUCGGCCUUCAUUUGUAACUUAUGCACCCUUCGCCCCGCCAACAAUGUUUCCAUCAUUUUUACCAAUGCAGCAAAGGCAAUAUCAACCUCAGCCAUUUGGCUUAAAACCACAAUUUCCUUUUUACGCUAACCCUAUAUGGCCUCAAAUGAUGCAAAGACCCGUCGGAAUAGUUCCGGUGCCUCCCAUUCGCUAUGCAACCGCAAUUAAGAAAGCUGUGAAUGACAAGCCAAAGCAGCCAAAUUCUAAUUCAAAGCCCAUUCCUGCUAAAGGACCUAUUUCAUUACAGGGCUCUUUAUUUGUUUUUCCCAAACAAGCGCCAGCCAUACCACCACCACCACCACCACCACCACCACCUCCAGUAGCACCUCAGAUGUCUUAUCCAUGUAUUCCAUCUCCAUAUAAUCGAUGUGUUCCCAUUCCCCCUUUAUCAAUGGCGCAAAGGCCUUUUCAAGUGGUUAAUCCCUGCAUCCCUUCUUUAGCGAAUCCGUGCCUUACCAAUGUCGUUAAGCCAAAAACUAAACCCACUAAAACUGCACCGAAAGCAGCAGAGAAUAAACCUAUACUUUUAACGAGACCGUUGCAACUGCAAGGAAGUGUUUACAUCAAAUCUAGCCCUGCCCGUUCAGGAACUGCGUAUCCAGCCGCUACUCCAUGCAUUCCAACUGUAUCUAGACCAUGUUACCCUGUACGAUCACCUGUUCAGCCCCUUAGGCCACAAGGUUUUGUAUCCCCUAAGACUUUGAAUGUAUUUUCUAAAUUAAAGCCUCUCCAACCCCUUCAAUUACAACAACCAAUAAGGGAUUUUGCCUCACCCUUUUCCAAUUUAAAUGUACCACAACAAGCUUCAGCUGCUUCACAGUCAUUUGUUGUCGAGCUUCCUGAAAUUUCUUUACAUUAUCCUGCUCCAGCACCUCCGUCUCUUUUGCCUGCCUUCCCAUAUCAAGCUCAAGCACGCAACUGUCCAAUUUCUUGCGUGCUCCGACCAGGCCCCUUUUGUCCUCCGUACUGUUCAGCGUCUUGUUGCAAAAGGAAAAGUGCAAAUCAAUAUAAACCUAAAACGAAAAGCCAAAAGGAAAAACCCAAACUAAAAAAGAGAAAACAAAAGAUUCUGAAAAUUAAGAAACCUAAAAACGGAUAGCUUGAUCUUUAAUUAAAACCAACAGUGGAAACCUGAUUAUUCGAACCACCUACGGAAAAAGAGAUUGAAUCAAAAUAUUUCUGGGGAUUAGCAAAACAAACAAUGUGGCAUUUAAGUGUUUGCUUCGCAAGGAAAUUCAGUUUUGAUUAGAAUAAACUGUAAGGUCGUUGAAAUCGAGAUUCCACUGUUCAAUUAGACAGCAUAAGUUUGUUGUUGUUCUUGUGGGGAAUGGGGGAGGCGAAGCAACAACAUGGAAGUAACAGAAGUGACGGUAGAUAAAUUGUAAGGACCAUUUUCAAGGGUCUUGCUAGUGUCAUUCUGCCUUGAACCUAGCACUGUAAAGAGCAACGUGGUCUCAGACUUUAAAUUUAGAGUCUCAUUCAGUUUAAGAACUAUUUUCUUUGAACACGCGGUAGAAGCACGACGAAAAUUAGCCUAUGUAACGUAAUUUAGAACAGAGAAGUCGUUUGCUUCGCUUUAAAUUUGCGUGUAGUAAUGUUUCUCUCUGUAGUGAUCAAUGAAAUAAACAUAGCAAUUUUCUACAUAUACAUCCUGCGUCAUAUGUUGUCAAUUACUGUAUUCAAUUUUUAGACACUCAUUGUUUUAGUGAGAUUGUGCACCCCGGAAGUAGGAGAGGUGCGGGUUAAAAGACUUGGUCCAUUUUGUUUUUGGGUUGAACAAUGAUCAAAUUCUCAGUAAAGCCCCAAUUGGAACAAUGUUUUGUUCCAAGUUUAUGCAAGCACCGACAAGGUUUGAUUGGGUUCUGACAUUAAUCUAAUAAGUUCUGUCUAAUAACAUGAGAGUUCUCGUGGAAUCCAAGCGUUCUUUUUCAAUAACAUGAUGAAGAGAAGAAAGCCAAAGUCUUGCUAAACUGAUUUAACGGAUGGACGUGAACAGAAUUUCAUAUUAAGUGCAUGGUCAUAGCAAGGUGUGAAGCUGUAGGUUUUUUUUUAUCUGAAGGGUCGUGGAAUUUUUAGCCGGGAUGGCCCGCUUUACCGGAUUGGCUCAGCUCAUGCCUAGUUUUCUCUUACAGUUUUUGUUGUGGGCUGGUUCGCUUGCCAAGAUCUCGGCUCGAGCAACCGGAAUUUCGGCAAACCAAGGCAUUCCACCUUCUCAUAUAAACACAACAAAAAUGUUAUGAUCAUGAGCUUACUUAGCCUUGAAAAGCGGGCCAGCCUGACCCGACUGCGUUCGAAGUCAAUCAAAAGUUGUGCUCGGAUUAAGUUUCAUUGAUUUUUUGCUCUUAUCUGUUCGAUUUGUUACUCAGGGCUGACGGCUGAUUCUCCGCAGGCCCUUUGUUGAUUGUUUCGCUUCACCAUCUCGGGAAGCUAAGUAUGAUUGAGACUCAGUCUCCCAAAACAAGUUAUCUAUAGUUGUAGUUAUUGUUCUUCCACGACUCACAGUUUAUUAAGCAACAAAAAUAGCAAGUAAAACGAUCGACUGACUGUAUCUCUUUCAGUUACCAUUGCUUCAGUGACUCGGCCAUUGCUUUAAAUCAUCCGCAAGCUCUCACGCUUUACUUUAAACACCAGGUGCUCGUGAAAUUUGUUCAUCUUUUGGGCUCUCUCCUACAAUAAUGAAAGUAUAUGGGCCCACAAUUUCAGAGAGAAUGGAACAAGGCGGUUAGAAAAAGCCAUAUGUCUUCCUGAGAAUCAGAAAUUGGGACCUCCCUGUCUUUUCUUUUUUGGCUCCAAAACUGCGUGCCUUCGAGCGUAAGAAGGUAAGAGCUUCCAACAUGCCUUAAAACCUCAUUCCUGUCGUAGUUGCUAUUAGGAUGGUAAGCCAGGCCGCAAAAUUAUGGAAAUCAAUAAGUGCUACUCAAAAUGUUUCUGAAAAUAAACCAAGUAAAUAGAUGUUUUUAUUCAGCUCAGUGAUUUUAUGUAAUAUACGUCAUCGUCGUCUAAGAUCCACUUUUUCUCUUAGCAUUAGAGGACUGCAUUAAGAAAACCUUAUGAUAUCAUCUUAAUCAAAUGAUAACCAAUUUUUCCCGCCGACAUAAUACUUCAGAAUAUACAGUUUGCCUGUGUUAAUAAAACACAUGAAAAUCGUUGCUUUGAUUCUUUUGUAUAAACUACCUCGUAAUUUAUAAUUCUUUUAUCAGACGUCUUUAUUAAAAAAAAAUCCAUGGGUCCUCUCUUAAUGUUAAAUCAGAUUCCCUUUGCUCUAGAUAUAUAGAAACAAAGGAGUCUCCGACAUAAUACCUCCCAAAUGACAAUUUUUAUGAGUAAAACUUGACUGAAAACCAGCCGUAAAUUUUAUAUUAAUUUAAUAACAUCGAGGUCACCGAUUUGAGAGAUUGUCUUUGAUACUUGUGUCUACAAAACAAACCUCGUGACGUUACUGAAGUGAAAUGUUACACAAACAAAUACUAAUAGCUUUAAAAGUGUGACUUUUUCGCAAAGAACUUGUAAAAAGAACACGAUUAUUAACCUUUUAACAUUGCAUUAAAGCAUGAACAUUAAACAACGGUUUACUUAUCCGUUCUCUCCACAGUGUCACCCUUAUUCUCCUUUCACAAUUACCUGUUCAGAUGAGCUUUGUUUUUGCUUGUGUUAAAAGAGAUCUACAAAACAAUCGGCAAUGCUAUGUUUCUGUUGGUUGUUAAAGGUGAAAACAUAUGGGUUACUUAUGACUGAAAAUAUUCAAACGUUAAGAGUUGAAUCACCCAAACCAGACAAGGGGACUGUUCUGUUGGGGCAUGCACUAAUAGAUGGUUCUUGAAUAACAAAAAGACUUUUUUUGUAAGAUUGGCUCCGAAUAACAAACUUUAUCGUACAGGUACGUAAAAGAGCAUUCGUUGUUAUAAUAUAUCUUCCAUGUUUACAGUAGAAACACUACCAAAAUGUCUUGCAAUGGUACGCUAAAUUUCAGUUCCAGUUUUUUUUAGUCAAGGUAGAGCAGGGUCUUAGUUGCAAUAGCUGAGCGUUAAUUUCUUCUGUAAAUGUGAGACUGUUUUGCUUUCGCCAUAGACCUCUUUUCGUUUCUUAAUGCUUUUUGACGUUUUCUACGUCGAAUCUAUCUUGUUGUUCAAGUAAGUAAUGGCGAUGCUGCUGGUGUAUUUGUUUGACCAUAUGGUCGACGGUAAGGAGUAUAGUAUUGACACCGUCCUUUUAACAACUAAGAUCGCUAUCUAUAUAUUUGAGAGACUACAGGAGAUUAAUCAGGGUUUCAACAAUCUACCCCAAGAUAGAAUACCAAUUAAUAUUAUGUAUAAACAUUCCGUAAUGAUAUGGUAAUAUAUCUACAUGAGAUAACACAUUUUAUCUGCUAAUACAGCAACGUGUAUAUUUCCUAUCGACUUAAAAUCGUAUAGGUAAAACUUCGUUUUUGUCAACUCUUGCAACAGAUCUGUGCAUUCGUUGCAUUAUGUUCAAAUACACUGCUGUGAUAAAGGUUGUAUACGACAUGACCUAGAAAAAUACUUGAUGUUAGCACCACCUGCCGUGUUUAUAAAUCUCAUGCUUAUAUCUGAAAUGAUCCGUGCAAUAUGUAAUACCAAAUGACCUGUCUUCUUAGAUUAUAGGGACUGCCCUCUUUGAUCAAGAAGAACUUGUCAAGAAACGAGGUGAAAUGGAAUUUUAAAGUAUUUUUAUAAAUGUUCAUAUUUCGGUCAACCUUUUGAUAGCAGUAGUACGUCAAAAGUAUUCUCUUCAACGCAAAAGACAGCCUAAAUGCUGUAAGCCCGUUGUGGACUGUCAGCCAUAGGAUGUCUUUCCUUUUUGUUUUUUUUCUUUUUUAUGUUAUGGAUUAUCUAAAACAAUGUGUUUUAUCCGUGUAUUUCUCUAAAAUGAAAGAAGACGGAUCUAUGACUAAUUCGGUGGACUGGUGUAAAAACAUGUCCAUUUAGUAGAACACCACAGUGUGGUCACUUUUGUUAACUUUCACGUCUCAGUACACCUCCAUCCUUGCUAAAGUUUAGAAUCUUUCUUAAUCUAUUAUACUUUCAUUUGUUGAUCAAAGGAAAGGUAAAUCGAGUUAAGUCUUAAUAUUUAUUUCUGCUUUGAUGAACGUUUUUUAUCCCAGUUCUCGUAUCCUAAAGUAAAGAGGAAGUAUUCAUUCAUAAAAUCACUUCCGCGAAGUCUUUCGAAGAAGUUCCAAAACAAACAUCGAAUUGUCGAGGUCAUUUUUUUUCUUUACCCGCAUUAAGUCAAAUCUGUAAAUGGUUCAAUUUUAUCGAUGAUGUUUUCCAUUCUGUUUAUUACCAUAAUAAUCAAGUCCUCUAUCAGUGGUUGAUAUAAAAGGCAUUUUUUUCUUUCACUUUUUCGUGGAAAAGAAUCAUGAACUUAGCUACUGAUUCACUUGUUUUCAUUACCACAGGUUUGGACGUCUAGCCACGUGAUAUGAGGGGACUGUUAGGGAUUUCUCUUUUAGCAUUUUGUCUCCUUGUACGAGCUAGAGGUGAGAGGUGGCAUAGUUAUUACAUGAUUAUCGUAAAAGGGGUAUGUGCGUAAUAGAAUUCGUACUUCCCUACGUUAUAUUUAACUUAACCUUGUUUUCGUUGCACACAGCUUAUCUUAUAACUUUGUAAAUAAAGGAGCAAUCUGAUUAUACAUUCUUCUGAUUACUGUUGAAACUGAGUUGUCCUUUUCUUGACUAGCGGACAAAUUAAUUACGUUUUUUCUUAUAUAUUAACUUAUUGCUGGUGGGUUAUCAUGAUGGAAAAAUUAAAAGACUGAACUCUGUUAAGUAGUGGCAUAAUAAAAUUAAGCUAGCCUCAGCCCUAACGGAGGCUUACCAACAAAGAUUUAAAAUUUCACUUUUCACCUGUUUUCUCUAGCCGUAUUUACAUUUGCUGUCAUUCCUCUUAUCAAUUUCUUUUAUAAUGAUUCUUUAAACGAAUUAAUAGAUAACGACCACAUCACUCCUACGACGUCGUCCUCUCUUUCAGACGGUAUGUACAACUAUUUUUUUACAGUAACUAAACCUAAAAUAUAAGAAGACACAUAGGUUUCUCUCUACUAAAGACAUUUCUUAUCUGUCCUUCAGUAAGUAGGAACUCAUUCUCAGGAGAUGGACCUUUUUUUAGAAAGUUUGAAGCCAAACAUAGACCUAUUUUAUAGAACAGAUAUGCUGUAAAUUUGGCAUGGUUUUUCCCUUGUUUUUGAGGUUGGUUUUGGCCAUCCAAAAAUAUAUUCUUUGAGAGACAUCAACGCGAAACUUGGACUCCUGCUCUUCGGAGACACGUGAUAUGGUGUGGUUGUUGAGGUUCAAUGUUAGGGCUUAAAACAGAGUGAGAAGGUAUUUUUUCAGGAGAGCUUCUCUGUUCUGUCUGUUGUUACGCUGUCCUGACGGGCCACAAUAAUGGCGAAACAGCUGUCGACGGCUACAACCCCGAUUUUUUGGGGGUUCUGUCGGUGUCGUGUUGAUGUCUUGCAAGGUUAAGUCUUACGUAGUACUUAAUAGAGUAAGGUUGGAUUUAAAACAGCUUAAAAUCCUCUUUCCUAUAGCCAAGCAUAGAAAAUAGUAAUGAGGACAGUUUGAGAACGGGUGACACCGUGAAUACAUUUCUAGAGGACAUGGUGUUAUUUCCGCCGUCAAUGGCUUCUUGGGAGAUGGACAGCGCAAGGUCUCAAAGAAUAUUAUCAAGCCUGUAUUAGACAAGUGAGGUAUCUCAAUAACAAAAUGUUGCCGUAACAACAACUGACAGCGUGCGUUUAAUUACAGCUUUUACUGACAGCAGUGACGAAGCAGCUCCAGCAUCAUACUCUGAUUCCAAGUCUCAAAACAACAAUGAUUGGCUCACUGAUGAUGAUGACGAUAAUGACGACGAGGACAUGGAUGAGAGCCCUCUGAAUGUGCAGCCAGCGGCGAAAGCAAAGUCAUCAAAAUCAAAAUCCAGUGCGCCUCCACUGUCGACUGGUCAGUUCGUUACGAUAGUUUCUAUGCGUGGUUAAAAGAAGUUAAAUGAAUAAUUUACAAUAAUGAGUGAUUUCUUGUCCUCUGAUUGGGUGGAGAGCUAUGGUCGAUAAGAGUACAAUUCAUGAAAAAUAGUUGUCAAUUUAACAAUGAGGAGAACAAUAGACAGAAAUGGUUGCAAAACGCACACUUGCAUUUUUAAACUAGGCUUGUUGAAGCUCGCCUUUUCUCCUAAUAUCCGUUGAAAAACAGUUCUUAUUUAAGUGAGCACGUUUGCAAAAAAAAGGUAACGGAAAAGCGACUUUUUCUUCGAGGACUUACACCCUCACUGUUUGUAGUACGGGGCCUUGCCUCUUGCGGCCCGUUUUUGUUCAUUAUACGCGUAUUAAUCAAGUAACUUUGAAAGGAAAAAAUAAACAGGCUGCUUGCACUCCGUUUUGGAACAAGAGUUUAUAAUCACAUUGUUUCUUUACAGACCAAGUGGCAAACAAGUGUUUUCAAGCACUUAAUCGAGCACGUCUUUUGUUCGGUGCAAACCCUCUCAUCCGCUCACCGACACUUGAUAUUGGAGCCAAAGUCGCGAACGACAAAAUGCAGAGAAAAGGAGUAGUAAAGAAGGAUGCCAGUAUCAAACACGGACAACUGCAGUGUAUAAAAAUGACGAGCUCAAACUCCGUGCCUACAGAAUGCAUAUCCUUCUGGCUACUGCAAAUGCAAAAUUACGAUUGGUCAAAACCAGCAAUGAAGGACACAAGCAGAUUUUUUGUCACUGCCGUUUACAAAGCAGCCACUCAUGGCGGAAUAGCAGUCAAGAAAGGCCCAUCAGGAAGAUACUUUGUGACUGUGUUACUGGACCCUGCACCUGAAGCUUCAAAGUUGAAGAAAAAUGUAAAAGGAUACUCAGGUAAGCAAUGAGCAAAAGAACUUAAAAUCUUUAACAAAGGCUCCGUUUAAAGGGAAAAGUUGCCCGGGGAAAGAAGGUGACCCUACCAGCCGAGUCAACUUCAGCAAACGUUUAUAGAAGAAAAGAGUUUACCCUGGGGCCAGCUUUUCGUCUAGUUGUAGGCCUGGCUGCUUUUCAUUUCCACAUUCCUGAAAAUUGCCCGAAUGACUAGUACGCACUGACCUCACCAACACUUUGAGCUCUUAAGCUUUUUAGCUCACCCCAACCGCAUAAUUUAUUACAAGUGGCAGAGCGAUCAAACGAAAAACUUGUAGGCCCGGGCCUACACGUCUAUGGGCUGGCUACGCCGCUGCUUUGCCCGAGCCAAGAGCUCGUUGCGUAACUUCGAUACAACGAGUCUGUGAUUUGAAACGUCAAAUGUUUAUACACAGGUUUAAAGCCAGUACUAGCGUAGUAGCACUGGACAACUAGACAUUUUCUAUCCAAGCAAGUGAUUAAAUUUACUUUUUGUUUUUUCAGAUCUGUUUACAUCCGUAGCUGGAGGUAAAUUCUUACUGUGAAUAUCUGUUUGUUACAUUAUUAUUAUGAUAAUUAUUAGCUUUGCAUUAUCAUUGUCGUUAAUAUAAUUAUUCAGGUGACACUUCCUCCUCCAACAAAACUACCACUUAGAUAUUGUUCAAGAGACACAUCUAAAUAACCUCAUCACUGAUUUGUCUGUUUGAGAUGCACUUAUUUUGUGAAUAAUUUAGUACCAGCGCACUGACAUUUAAUCGAUUAGUGGCGAGUCUUAAAUGUGAAACUGAAAAUUCUCAUCUGUAUGUGUAAUUCGAUCUAUUGCUGGUUUUCAGAGUCACGCCAUUUAAAAUACAUCAAAAUAAAAAUCAAAACCGUUCAAUAGUUUAAGGCCAGAAUCUGGGAAAUGAAAGAAGGCAAAUAUACAAAGACCCUCGCCAAGAUUCUGGUCAAAGGAAUAUUUCGUACACGAGAUAUCCGAACAAAUGUUACACCCAAAUUUAUAGGAAUUUGUAUGAAGACGCCAUGCUGGUACCCGCCUAGAUGGGCACCAACAUGGCGGACGGAAACCAACAGAAAUAUCUGUUACCGAGUUUUGCUUCAAAAGCGUGAAUUUAUCACUCGAGGAACUCAUAAACAUUAAAGUCGUACUUUUUCUAAUGCAUUAACCGUUUAAAUAGCAAAAUUCUCCGAAAUAAGUCACUUUUUUAACCUACAUUACAGCUCUUUCGGCCGUCAUGUAAAAGCCGCGUCAACCAAGAACCCUUUUGAAGCGUAAAUUUGUAUGAACAUUAGUUUUCAGUUCUCUAAUACAUCACGAAAGUAAAAUCGCAGUAGGAUCGACAGUUUUGUAGUUUGACUUUAGUGACGUCAUGUGAAAACCAACGCUCAAAAAUUUUAAUGCGUAAUGACAAGGUAUAGGGUAAUCGGUCAAAGAAUAAAACUCUUGCUUGACACAACGGCUUCUAAAACAACAACCUACUGUUAAUCUGAUGGAUCGUUUGAUAAACUGAUAUUUGAUUGAUUGACCGAUUAUUGAUUGACUAAUUAAUUUAUUCAUUUUUUAAUUAGUUAAUUAGUUCAUUGAUAAUUGAAUAAGCUACUUCAAUGCCUAUCUGCAGCUAAAUGCUCUACUGGAUUCACUGACUAUGGUGGCACUUGCUACAAGUUCCACACCGUCAAACAAACCUGGUCGAACGCACACGCAGCAUGCCUCAAGGAAUUCGCAGUUCUCCCAGCAAUUGCUAGCAGAGGAGAAAAUGAUUUUUUCAAGCAGGGCCUUUUAAAAGGCAAGAAAGGUUUCAGCUGGCUCGGCUUUAAUGAUCGCCUUGCGGAAAGUAUGUACAUGGCCGUUGAUGGAUCGCAAAUAAGAUUUAUGGACUGGGAAAACGGACAGCCUACUGGCAAGAAUGAAAACUGCGUUGGCUUCAACAAGGAUGCUAAAUACGGAACAAUGGCUGACUAUCCCUGUACUAAACCCAGCAACUAUGUGUGCAAAAAGCCACUAGAGGGUAAGAAAAUUCCACAAACAACCUUACGUGCAUAUAUAUUAUCAGAAACAAGAGGAUAAAGAAAAUGAUUUCUGCUAGCGCUGAAUAAAUAUUAUUUAUAACUAUUUUUUUUCAUCAAAGACUUUCGCUUACCCUCCUUUUCAACGGAGGCUAAGAGGAACUCGCAAAUCGCCUUAAUUCUCACUUUUUCAACUACAGGGUGGUCAUGUUGUUCCAUCGGCAGUCCCCUGAUCAACCGUUUUCUUGUAACUUUUUUUUCUGCCAAAUUAAUUCCAGGUGACAUAACCUUCAUCGUCGAGUUUGUAGUGGAAUCCAUGGUAUGGCUAAACGAUUUUAGUAACAGUGGUUCUCUCGCUUAUCAACAACUAUCAGCAAAGUUUCAAAAGGCGGUAGGUAGAAAGAUUUAAUUGAAGUUUUCCUGUAGAUGACUAAAGCCGCUGUUCGCAGGGGUAGAGGCGAACAAAUAUGGGUAGCUUUUUGAGAGAGGGGUGACUUCUUUACGAAAGCGUAAGGAUGUUAUUAUCUUAGGUAUAAAUGAUUCAGAGGAUUUAAAGACGGAUGGUAUUGUAGGGUUAUAAGGAGUAAUAUUUCUUCUUUAUUUAUUAUUUAGAUACAAGAAGUAUACAAGAAAGCAGGAGUAACAACUUUUAAGAGUGCUGCUAUUCAAUCUGUCAGGUUGGUUAGGAACUAACCCUUUUGCAUAACGAAAAUUUUCUUACAUUUUAUUAAAUCACCUCAAAAACAUAAAAUCCGUCUACAAAUACAAUAAAAACGUAACGCCCAAAACUGCUAAAGUUUUGUAUGGGGUUGGUUUCACAUUAGCAUUCCAUCUGACAGUAAGAACCUGACACAUGUCUAUAUAUAUGGAAAAUUGAAUUAAUCGCAAAAUGAGUUUUACCGCGAAACAAUCAACAAUAUAAAGAAUAUACAAACUGCUUUUUAACCCUGCAGGUUAAUACAUAUUUUUGCGCUAACGCGAGAGAAUAUAUAUUCAUCUUAAGUAUAAGAUAGUCUUAUCACCAUACUCACCGAUGAACUGUACUCAUGUUUUCAGCAACGGUCUACCACCACAGCCUGCUGUUCAGCCUUACCAAGCUUACAGCUACCUUGGAAAGCGUCAAGUUACGGCCAUUAAGGUCACACCAGCACCAACAACCCCUCCGAAACCAAAACCGAGUGGUGGAGCGUCUCCUAAGCCUACUCCAGCCAAGCCAACGACUAAAGUUCCUACCACAAAGUAUGAACUGAUGCCAGUCAAACUAAUUUUGCAGUUCCAAGUGGCACAUUAAUUUUUAAUGGUUCUAGCUAAUGAGUCCCUGAACCAAAUCCCGAAUUAGGCAAUACCAGCUUUCUUUGAAACCUAGAGGGUCCUGAAAAUUUUGUAGCUGUUGUAACUUCCCCCAUAAAAAAUGAUUUUGUCACCUUUCACUUCCUAGUCUCAAAUCAAGCUCAAUAAAUUGGGCAAAGGAUUUCAGCUAAUCCACAGGAACUUAAGUACCAAGAUAACAAAAUUUAACAGCAGUCAGUAAUGAAAAUAUUUUGAUGACAGGAGUUUCUUCUGUUUUGCUUAAAGAUUUAAGGGCAUUCGCUUAACAGAACCUAAAUGCUUUACUUAGGCCCAAGGCAAAAGUUACAGUUAAAUUUGCUAUGACCUUUGGACCAAGUGGCCUACCCCUGGAUCCAACUGCAGCGCUCCAAGAGUACCUCAAAGCUAAAGGCAACAAGCUGCCAGCACCAAUGAAUGAAGCGAUAAAACUGAAGUCAAUCAGUGUUGCACCUCCAGGUACGGUGAUGCAAGGAUCGAAUGUUCGGGGCACUUGUUCUGAUUUGCUGCAUAGAAAAUACUGACUAUUGAUGGCAUUUGGCAGAAUAACAAGCACUGAAAUUAAAUCGGCCAAUUUCCUUUUUGCAGCAAGACACAGUGUGACGGUGACCAAAAUAAAAGUUGCAACAAACUGAAUGAAACUCAAGACCAACAAAAACCGACAAAGCUAUGACAUUUACCAAUGGAACUGAAAUCUUGCUCCAAAGUGGUCAACCUAGAAAACACGACCUGAAGUAGCGCAAAGCUCGAGACGUAAAGAAAUGUUCCAACACUUUCUCCAAUAAAUUAAAGAAUAAUGUUAACUAACUACAUACGAAAUCCACGAAGUAAGAAAACUGAAAGACAGAGUGAAGUUGUCUUUUAAUUGGUUACGCUAGCUAUUCAAAAUUAACUUAAAAACAAUACACCGCAUUGUAAGAACAAGGACGGAUAAUCUCUCAAUUUAUUUCUACACACUUCAUUAAGUUUUUGACUUAUUUCUCGAAUUUUCUGCCGUCAAUCAUUUACAGUCACAAAGUUUGCUUUAAAGUUACGAUUGAUAAAAGUUAAAAUGCUCAAAGUUUACAGUGUACUUACACAAUAUAUUACGAAAACGUGUGCGUUUUUUUAGGUACUGUGAGCAGCGUGACCUGUCCUCCUAUCUGCUCCACCUCCUGUAUCUCGAGUUGUGCACCCAGCUGCUGCUACUCGGCAGCUCCUGCCCCAGCACCCCUCUAUGGCACUCCGCCCUGUGUACCUACUCCACUGAAUCCAUGUCCACCACCCCAAGCUGCAGCACCAACUCCACAACCUCGACAGUCAAAGGUUAACGCCAAACGACCGGCUUCAAAGUGUAAUCCAGCUACCGGAGCCUGUGCAACUACAUCGCUUUAUCCUUUUCCAGCACCCGCAUAUCCUCAAUUUCCAGCUCCCUCACCUUGUAUUCCAACUCUAGCUAACAACUGGUGUAGGUCAAACGUGCUUGCCAAGCCCCCUGCAGUCAACAGGUUUAUCCGACGGCCUGUCACUUACAGGUAUCCUCUUCGCCCAUACAGAAGUAACAUGCCAAAAAUGGUAUCAGCAAAACCAGUUUCCCGUGCUGUCCUUCCAAUGCCUCAAGCUGGUGGAUAUGGAGGAUUUAAUCCGUGUGCUCAGCCACCGUGCCCGCCAAUGAUGAUGCCACCACCUCCACCACCGCAGCCUAUGAUGAUGCCCCAGUACCCGAUGCAACAGGCAAGUAACAAUUAUAAUUUUCGUCGUAAGGUAACCCCUCAAUAUUACCGUCAGAUAUCGAAAAUAGAUAGGACUCAAAAGCAGUGUUUUCUCUUAAUUUCCGUUAUAAGCUAAUUUAACCACUUAAUAUUACUGCCCGAUGUCGAAGAUAGGACUCAAAACACAGUCUUUUCUCGUAAUUUGUCGCCAUAUCUAAUUAUAUUUGUGGUUUUGUGAUUUUUGUUUUACUCCUUCAACAGAUGGCGCCACCCUGUGUUCAAACUCCUUUCAACCCAUGCUCACCACCUGCACCACCUCCACCACCUAAAAAACCUCAACCAAAGAAACCUGCGGGCAAAGUGGCGGCACCAAAAAUGGUUAACCUUCAAGGCUGCACCUAUCCACCUUGCAGCAUGAUGAUGCUUCCACCACCGCCUCCUGUUCCAAUGCCACCACCUCCCAUGCCCAUUGCACCACCUUGUGGUGGGAUGUUCACACCGCCCUGCCCACCUCUCUCUCCCCCAAAAGCAGGGAGCACCAAGUCUAAAAGCACAGCUCCCAAACCAGGAUGCACUCAAACACCUUCAAAUCCGUGCGCACCACCAAUGCCUAUGCCUAUGCCCAUGCCCAUGCCCAUGCCAAUGCCCAUGCCACAGCCAAUGCCGAUGCCACCACCGAUGCCAAUGCCAAUGCCGAUGCCGUGUGGUAUUACACCAGCAAACCCAUGUGCUAAACCGGUCAAGCCAAAACCACCAAAGCCGAUGACAAUCAAACUACCUGCCAUACAGAUCCAGGUUCCUCAGCAGCAACCACUUCCAAUGGUUCCUCCCAUGGCACCACCUAUGCCUUGCCCACCACCCUGUGGACGCCUUCCAGCAUGUCCAAGUAUGUGUCCUGCGACAUGCUGCCAGAAAAGAUUAGGACGACGAUCAGUUAAGUCAGUCAAAGAAGAAUAAAGAGAUUUGGUGUUGUUCCGACCGACAAGAUUUAACAAAAAGAUCGCACUAACAGCCACAAAAGUCACAAACUUUUAGUGUUCCAUUUUCUCAUUUUUGAGCUAACGUGGUUCAAAUGUUAAUUAAUGGACCGUGUGUUCUAACGCGAAUUAGAUUAACAAAAUGAGCCGCUGAGAGAAAGCUUAAAAUCUAACAAUCAUACAAGAAACAUAGUUCCUUUACCAACCACCGUAUAUAUUAUACUAAAGUGUAAUUAGUGUUAUAAUCCAAAGUUAAUAUCACCUCUUUAGGUUUUACUUCUUUUUCACCUUCUGGCGGUGGUUUGGUAAUGGUCUCACGAUACUUUUAUUUCUUAAUAAGAAAGCAAUAACUUAUCGACGGAGUUAGGGCGACUGGUGUAUAUGUAUAUUUUAUUUUUGGUUCAGUUAAUAUGUUGUAAAUUUAAUACUUAGUUCUUAAGAGAUUUCAGUAAGACUUUACUUACAAGGGCUCCAUAACAGGACAAAGUGGUCGUUUUGAGUGACUGCAAGUACGUAAAAUAGAGAAUAAAGCUAUAGGC